AUGAAUGAAUUUAUUUUUGAUUAACUUGAUCAGUUUAAAGAUGAUUGGAAAUAAGAAAUACUCUUAUUCGGUUUAGAUUAUUGGAAUAAGACAAAAAAAUUGGAUGACAUAAAAAAGUAGGAGAUAAUCACUUUGAAGGAUUCUGUUUAGAUUGACUAGGGUUUAGAAAUACCAAUUCUUCAACGAGAAUAUAUUUUAGAACCUAAUAUUGACACAGAAGAGAUUGACAAAUUCUAUUUCAAUUUGAAUAUUUAUCAUUAUCAAAAAAUAGUCAAAUGCAUUUUAUUAAAUAUUACAUAAAUAAACAUAAUACAACAAUAUUCUUUUUUGAGAUACUUUAUUUGUAAUAACUAUUUAUUUUUGCUUGAUUAUAUAUUAUUUAUUCAUUGGUAGUAUAAACAUUUAAGAGGGAAAAUUGUGAUGGAAUUAGAUGUAUCAUUUAAAAUAAUAUAGAGUUUGGAAGAUUGCACAUUGAUUGAACAAAACUAUGUUAUUAUUUUUGAGGAUGUCUUAUAGAUUAUAAAGAAAUUGAAGAUAUAUAUUAUAUUUUUUAUUUAAGGAUUCAAGGGGUUAGAAAUUUAUGACUAGUAGAACUUCUUCAUAAAGCAAUUUAAAUUGGUGUUUCAUUUUACUUAAAGUAGAUAGAUGGCAUAAAAUAAUGACGAAAUGAAGCAACAAUUCGAUAACAUUCAUGAUAAAUGA